UUUUAAAAAUCCUCGAGCUCUCUCUGCGCAAUGAACUGUUCACUUUCUAACACCAUGAGCGCCAGAGCUCUACUCUCUUCUCUAUCACUCACACCCAUAACCCCACCCGAUAUUUCGGCCCAAAAGCGGAACCACUGUCUCGGUUUCAAACACAAAUACCCGUUUCAUUUGCGGAUCCGUGUCCGGUUAUCCUCACAGUCACAGCAAGAACGUUGCCAUGUGAACUUCCGGGUCUCGGCUCGAAGUAGUUCGGGCCAGAGGGGAGGUGGGAAAGUCCGGGCCGAUGUUAAAUCGGAGCCGUACGAUAUAUCGGAAUCGGUGAAGUUUGAGGAGGCUAAGGACGGUGUCGUGUUGGGGAAGAAGGAGUUGGAGUUGGAUAGUGAGAGUGAGAUUGAGAGUUCAGUUCCUUGGUGGGAACAGUUUCCAAAAAGAUGGGUCAUUGUCGUUUUGUGUUUCUCAGCCUUCCUUCUCUGCAAUAUGGAUAGAGUGAAUAUGAGUAUUGCUAUACUUCCAAUGUCAGCAGAGUUCAAUUGGAACCCAACCACAGUCGGUUUGAUACAAUCUUCUUUUUUCUGGGGCUACCUCCUUACUCAGAUUGCUGGUGGCAUAUGGGCAGACACAGUAGGUGGAAAGAUGGUCUUGGGAUUUGGUGUGGUUUGGUGGUCAAUUGCUACAAUUCUCACUCCUAUUGCAGCUAAAAUUGGUUUGCCUUUCCUACUUGUUGUUCGCGCUUUCAUGGGGAUUGGCGAGGGUGUUGCUAUGCCUGCCAUGAACAAUCUUUUGUCAAAAUGGGUUCCUGUAGCAGAGAGAAGUAGAUCAUUAGCACUGGUGUACAGUGGGAUGUACCUUGGAUCAGUCACUGGCCUGGCCUUUUCACCAUUUUUAAUACAUCAGUAUGGAUGGCCAUCAGUCUUCUUCUCCUUUGGCUCCCUAGGAACGGUUUGGAUUGCAGUGUGGCUAAGCAAGGCACAUAGUUCUCCUCUUGAUGAUCCUGAACUGCGGCCUGAAGAAAUGAAGCUGAUCAUGACCAACAGCGUUUCUAAAGAACCUGUUAAAACAAUACCUUGGAGACUGAUCUUGUCAAAGGCACCUGUGUGGGCCCUAAUAGUGUCUCAUUUCUGUCACAAUUGGGGGACAUUUAUUCUUCUAACAUGGAUGCCAACAUACUAUAACCAAGUCCUGAAGUUCAAUCUUACAGACUCGGGGCUUGUUUGUGUUUUGCCCUGGCUUACAAUGGCAUUUUCUGCAAAUUUUGGAGGAUGGAUUGCAGAUACACUUGUUAGCAAAGGUUUAUCUGUUACAAGGGUUCGUAAGAUCAUGCAAACAAUUGGUUUUCUUGGUCCUGCUUUCUUCCUAACUCAGUUGAGCCAUGUUAAUUCCCCUGCAAUGGCUGUUUUAUGUAUGGCAUGCAGUCAGGGUACUGAUGCAUUCUCACAGUCUGGUCUAUAUUCAAACCAUCAAGAUAUUGCCCCUCGAUAUUCUGGAGUAUUGCUUGGUCUGUCCAACACUGCUGGAGUGCUGGCAGGUGUAUUUGGAACAGCAGCCACAGGCUACAUCUUGCAACAUGGUUCAUGGGACGAUGUUUUCAAGGUUUCUGUUGGGCUCUACUUGUUUGGCACUGUAGUCUGGAACCUUUUUUCAACUGGGGAGAAGAUCUUGGAUUAAUAGAUAUUUGAUCUUUCAUAUGCGGCAGUUCAAUCCUGAGAUAAUACAGAAGAGUACGUUGAACAAUUAUAAAUGGUUGAAAGAUAUGAAAGAAAGAUAUUAACAUUGAAGAAGGCAAGAUCAUAUUUUAUUAAAUGAUAUUCUUGUGCUUGAAGAUUAGCAAAAAAAAACUUCACAUGGAGCAUGGAGCUUGAACUCAUAAAGAAUAAACUGCCCCAUUUCUUGGAGUUCGAUAUACGUACGCAAUUUAGUGGCAUCUCAAUAGAGGAAGGAUCAAUAUAUAAAACAACCCCAACAGAGCCUGUAAAUGUUGUAUUCAAACUAACACAUCAAUUUUGUGAUUUGUUGAGUAUAUAAUUUAUAUAAUACUGUUUCACCAA